CGCUCCCAAGAGAUAUUUGGGGGGGGGAGCACCGACAGCCCCCGGCGCAGCUCCUGCUCCUUGUUCAGAGCAGCCUGUUAAUGCUCUGUGACCACUGCCACAUGGAACCAUGGGCAGGAAACGGCUAAUCACAGACUCCUUCCAAGUGGUGAAGAAGAGGAAAAGAGACAGUAAGGAAACAAAGAAGGCUCAGAGCCCACUCCAUGACACAGUGACAGUCCCAGACACAGUGAUAGUCCAGGCAGUCCAAGAUGCUGCACAUCCAGACCAGCUGGAGACACUAAAGCAAUUUGACCUCAGCUGGCAGUAUGGCCCCUGUACAGGAAUCACCCGCUUGCAGCGCUGGGAGAGGGCAGAGUUACUGGGUCUCCACCCCCCUGCUAUGGUGCGGGAAUUGCUGGAGAAGCACAACAAGGACCCUCUCGUUACGUACAGCCUGUGGCAUGGAUAUUGCCUCUGAGAAGAGAAUGUGAUUGUAUCUCAGCCUGAGAAGUCCCUGAGUUUUGACAUUACUGGAUAACUCCUUCAUUCCUAUUGUGGAAAUUCUGUGCUUGGAUGUAACAUCCCUAAAAAGAUGCAAAGGUCUACUAGCUGGUCUCCACUUACGUGUUCUGGCCCCAGCCUAUAUGCCACUUAUAAAUAAUAAUCAAAGCUUCUUAGGGAGUACUUAAGAUGGCUGAGGUCAAAUGAAGGUGAGGAUUGAUUUGGAUCAAUAUGCUGUGCUGGGGGGGGGAUCCCAAAAACUGGGUGACUAGUUCUUGGAAGCCAGACUUAGUAUGGCACUGCAUCCUGUUUGUUUUACUGUUGCGUGCUCUUUGAAAACUUGCUUGAUUUGUUGAAUUGGCUAUCAGGUUAACUGACUGAGAAAUAAAACAGUUGCACAUCUAACAGCUGCAUGUGUCAAUGGGGCCACAUCUGAAUAGUUUGUGACACAUUAUUCUCCCCACCCUGCUCAAGGAAGAUGUAUAGACUCCUCAACCCCAUCACCACACAGAGAGAUCUAUUGCAUACCUCCCUACCUGCUGCCCAGCCGAGUAGCACUACAAACAACUGAAUAGUAUGCCCCACCAACUGAAGUGCUAUUUGGCUAUUUCUAGGCCUUAGCAGCUGAGCAGUGAGAAUGGCUGGGCAGAAGUUGGUUGUGGGAUGCUUUUG